AUGCAUCAACGAUUACCAAACUCUAUCAAGAUUCUAGCUGGGAACUCGCAUAUAGAUUUAUGUGAAAAAAUUGCAAAGAGAUUAGGUAUAAACAUAGCAAGGGUUGGUGCCUUUCAAUACACAAACACAGAGACAGCCAUCGCUAUCGGUGAAUCUGUUCGAGAUGAGGACGUUUACAUUGUUCAAACCGGAUGUGGCGAAAUCAACGAUUUUUUAAUGGAAUUACUAUUCAUGAUCAAUGCUUGUAGAACUGCAAGUGCUCGAAGGAUAACUGCAGUUAUACCAAAUUUCCCCUAUGCGAGACAAGACAAAAAGGACAAGUCAAGAGCACCAAUUACUGCAAAAUUGAUUGCAAACUUGUUACAAACGGCAGGAUGCGAUCAUGUGAUUACGAUGGACUUGCAUGCGAGUCAGAUCCAAGGGUUCUUUAGAGUCCCUGUCGAUAACUUGUAUGCUGAACCGAUUGUAUUGAGGUAUAUUCGCGAAAAUUUCAACAAAGACGAUAUUAUCAUGGUGAGCCCCGAUGCAGGAGGAGCUAAAAGGGUUGCGAGUCUAGCAGAUAAAUUGGAUGUCCAGUUUGCAUUGAUCCAUAAAGAAAGACAAAAGGCCAACGAAAUCUCAAGAAUGGUGCUCGUUGGUGAUGUCAAGGACAAAAUCUGUAUACUAGUUGACGACAUUGCUGAUACUUGUGGUACUCUAUGUAAAGCUGCCGAUAUCCUACUUGAUAACGGCGCCAAAAACGUUGUUUGCAUGGUGACACAUGCAAUCUUUUCUGGGAAUGCUAUUGAACGACUCAACAACUCGAGAUUGGAUAGAGUAGUUGCUACAAACUCGUUGCCUAUUGAGGAUAAACUUGCAAAGUGCAAGAAAUUGGAAAUCUUGGACAUUAGCCCGACAUUAGCUGAGGCCAUAAGGAGAUUGCAUAAUGGUGAAAGUGUCAGCUACUUGUUCAACAAUGUGCCUGAAUAA